UUAUUUAUAAAAAAACAUCAGGCUUUUUUUUUAAAGAAAAAAAAAAGCCAGGAAUAUAUAACCAAAAAAAAUCCCAUGUGUCGUGUGCUGUGCUAAACUGUUGAUUGUGUCCAGUGUGUUGAGUAUAAUCGGAACUUGUGAGAAUUAUCUUCAAUAGAAUCUUGACAAUGAAAGAUCCUUGAGAUAGGAGAUAUUGUAAGAAAGAGAUUGUUUAAGAAAAGAAAACUUGUAGUUGAAAAAGAGGAUUUUCGGAAAAGGAUGCUCAGGUAACUUUUCAAGUAUGCACAAGGUCGUGUCAAGGAUACGACGACCAUUACGAAGGACAAGAAGAAGAGCAUCCUGAAGGAUCAGAAAUUUACGGAUUUCUCUAAAAUUACGAAUUCUUCUCUAAAAAUUUUUCUCUUAGGAACUUAAAAUUAGUGAAUCAAAAAGUAAUUCAGUGAUCUGAUCCAGAGAUUGCUUUGAAGUUUAAAAAACUAUUUUGACAAGAAGGAAAAAAAUUCUGUGGACAACUGAAGAAAAUUUUAUCACAAAAGAAACUUCCAGGGACCCCAUAAAAGUCUUCAGGAACCAAUAUCUCUGAAUUUACAGAAACAGAUCUUCCUGAAGAUUCAAAGUAAAUUCAAAAUAAAUUCAAAAAUUUAAGGAAACGAUUUUUCCUUUUCAAUAUUGGAAAAAUCCUUUGGAUUUACACGAGAAAAAUUAAGAAUAUCUUGCAAUUGAUCUUGAGAAGCAUGAAUCGUGAAACAAAAUUAUAAUUCCGAAAUUCGUGGUGGUACUCCUCCUGGAUCUAGGAAAUAGAAUUUCCCCCCCCCCUCGCCGAUGGUUCUGGAGGAAGUGUUUCCGGGAGGAUUAGAGAGCAAGAGCUUCCGCUAGAGCAAGAAGUGAGAAAUCUAACGAGAAUAUAAAGAGAGACGACAGGAACUUGAUUCCAGGAAUUGUAGAUAAAAAAAAAGUAAAUUUCCGAGAUCGUCUCGGGAGUCUUUUUUUCUUGUUCUCAUAAAGUCAAGUUUUUUUUUUUUGCACUCGGAUUUUAAAAAAUUUAACUUGAAGAAAAAUUUCUACAAUUAUGAGUUGAUGGUGAUGACGUAAUAAAUAUCGACAAUAAAUAUAAUGUUCACCGGAAUUGACGCACGUUGCAAGGAAAUAAUGUUAUCGAAUGUUCGAGAUAUUCGGUGUUGUCGAAAGAAACGCGUCAAAUUGGCACAAUUAUUUGCAUUUUAUUCCAGUUUUCAAUUAUUCAAAAAGUUCAUUGCAAAAAGUUUCGGUCAUUAAAUUUUGUGAAAUAAUCAGGCCGAGGUGACGAAAGAGGAAAAUUUUGCGAAGGGCAAAAAAAGAAACACGUCCAUCUUGGAAAAAAUGUGCAGGAUAGAACAACCUGCUUGUGAGGUCUGAUUACCUUUCAAAGGACAAAAGGAAAGUGCAAUUUUUGGUCAAUAGACGAUGAACAAAAGGAGAUUUACGGCGUGGAGAUGACCGCCAGGUUAGCGCCGCGUCGAGACUGUCUCGACGACGACGUUGAUGAGGUUCCCGAGGGUCAUCAUUCAAUCACUGCUUCCGCCCUCUGCCAUUGAGAGGAAGCUAAUUCCUCGUCGCAGUUCGCAGCGAUGCCGGCCGUUCCAUACCAACAAGGAAAGGCGAACAUCGGCAGCAAUGCGACGGGGACAACGACCACAACAACGCCACCGCCUACGGCGCCGACGCCCCCAGUGGACCCCUCGGCGUCCAUUCCAAAUGCUAAACCAACGCUCAGUGAAAGGGAUCUUAUCAAAAUCGAAUUUUAUAAGACGUAUGAUCCUAUGGUGGGGAUUAGGAUAGCCGCAACUCUUGGUAGCUUUUUCGGCCUAAUGGUCAUUAUGGUGAUCUACAAAAGCAGAAGCAAAAAGAACAGGCAACUCAACGAUCCUAGAUUAACCGCAGCUGCUGAGGCUGCUGUUGCCGAAGCAGAGGCUGAAGAGGCCUUAGCUGCAGCACUCGAGGCGAGAUUAAAUCAUGGAAGAAGAUCCCUCUGUCCAGAACUGGAUCGAUUUCCGCUGUCGUCGCCUAGGUUCUCGUCGAUUGGAGGUGGUUACGACGCGUUUGUAAUGCCUCCGCUUAGACGGCAAAGGCGACGAAGAUGCUCAAGGAGUCCUCCCGAAGAUCAAAGAAGGUACAGUUCAGUGACAUGUAGCAGUACAGGGAGUAGCUAUCUGGAGAGGAGAGAAUCAGCUACAACGUUGCCUUAUCUUCCGCCGCCUCCAUCCUAUCCACGACAUGCACCUUCAUACGAAGAGCCCUGGGACCGUUAUCAUCAUAUUGAAUAUCCAAUAGAUAUUCAGGUGACACAACCAACGCCUGAUAUAUCGCCCUGUGACAGUGAGGCUGGCCUCUAUACUGCGGGUGCGAUAACGGCGAGGGCGCUCGCUUCCGGUAAACGUGCGCCCUUAGCCUCAAUGACAAGUGUUGAUCCACCGGAACCGGACACAAGGUCCCUUGGCUCGGACUCGGUUUUCAUCAACGAUGAGGACACCAUUGACACUGAGGAUGAAGUCUCGGGUUUUUCCACCGACUCGGAAGUCACGGGUUCGAAUUAUCGUCAACCACAGUUCCUGAGAGUGCCGCCUAGCUCAAGACGUCUUCUCGCCAGGUGGGACGGCUGUGAAAGUUGUGUGCCUCGACGACGACCACCAGCCAGGUCAUGUCGAACCUGUUUGACCAUCAGUGCCACCAUUGAAACACAAAGACCCAGACUCAGGUCGACAAUCAGCUCGAGUAGCAGCAGCACACUUAAUUCACCGCCACACUCACCGCCGAUCGAGCUCAGGGAGAGACCAUCUGGGUCCGGGCAACUACCAGAAUCGCCUCCACCCCGGUCCCAGGAGACGCUCUUCUAGAACUUUGCGUUCCUUACAUUAAACCCCCCCAACCGAAAAACAUGAAAUGAUCCCAGAUCAUUUUUUUUUCUUUGCUUCAUUUACCCGGAUGUUUUCAAACUAAAAUUAUUAUCGAUAUUAAUAUAUUUACACGUAUAUAAAUAAAUAUGUAUAUCUUUGUCCGGGAUGUUUUUACCAUUUGAAAGAAGACUGUCUCUGACCUCAGUGUCGUUCAACUUUUUCCGAAAAGCCGGAUCUAAAAAUUUUUGCGCUCUCUCCAACAUAAAUGAUCCACUACAAUUUCUAUUUGAGAAAAAAAAGAAUACAUCUCCCCCCGGGGCACGAGGGGCUUUCGCGAAAUUCUUAUAUUUCUCUCGAGAGAAGAAACACAUGCGGGUGUACGUGUGCACAUACCGACGAUGAAGAAACAGAGCAAAGGUUUCCCAAUAUCAACGACGGACAUUUUGGAAAUCCUGUGGUGUAUAUAUAUAUAUAUGUUUGUAUAAAUAUAUAUGUAUACACACACUGGUUCUUCUGAGGACCCGAAAUGGGAACAAACCCGGCUUAAGAUUCCGCUUAAUCGAGAAACGCUUCGCCUUUCACUAUAUACCAACUUGCACAUCCCUCGUUGACUAUAUACGGAAAGCCAGGGAUUAAACUCUCUCCGUCCAUCAGCAAAAAAAUACUCAAGUGGCGAAGAAUCGCGGAAUUGUUACUUUCUUUAAAAAAAAAAAUGUCGCGGGAAUAAUUUUUGGGAGAAAACGAUUUUUUGCCCCGCGAAAACUUUAUUUAAUUAUUACUAAAAAUCAAAAGUGGAUAUUUGAAGUAAAGGACUUUUUUCGAGGGAUGAAUUUUGAGAAAACUGUUUGAUAUGGAAAAUAUGUGGAAUUUUUCUUUUCGAAAUUAUUGAAAGCAAAAAAAAAUAUUAUUCAGCAAAUUAGUAAUCAAUAAUUUGUUUUGUAUUGCUUUAAAAAAAAUUAUUAACAACAAAAAUUAUCGGGUUUGUAAUUGCUGCUAUAUAAUGAUGCACUAAUUACAGCUCGUUGUAACCUGAAAGGGAAAAGCUGGUUGACUAAUGACGCUUCGAGAGUAGACUUUCGGAGGGAUUUCCUAUCCUUGUCACUAAAAAUUAAAGCAAUCUUCUCAAGCCUCAGAAAUUUGUCUCGCAUUAUAUUCCCUUCUUUUGUAUUUAUUUCAAUUUUUAGGAGAAAAUUAACAACCAGGUCAAAAUAAAAAAAUCCGAAUUUUUUUUUUUUUUUAUUCUAAUCAAAAAAGAAUUUAUAAAUAAUAAAGUUAAUUUAAUUUCAAAACUAAUUUUAUUAUGCGUAAUACAAUCAAAGUUUUAUAUAAUUUAGUUUCAAUGAUUCUAAAUGGAAAGAAAUUAUUGUAAAAAGUACUGUACGUUUAUUAACAAUGCGCAGAAGUGAACUGCGCAAGUCAAACGUGCGCAGAAGUGAUCUACGCAGUUCAGACAUGCGCACAAGUGAUCUACGCAGUUCAGACAUGCGCACAAGUGAUCUACGCAGUUUAGACAUGCGCAGAACUGAUCUACGCAGUUUAGACCUACGGAAAAGUACCAGAAACAUAAUUUAGAAAAAAAUGGCUACAACUUUCUUUCAAAACUUUAUAGAAAAUAAAAAUUGUUUCCUAAUUUUAGAAUUAAAAAACUUUUCUAUUAAGAUUAAAAAAUAUAUAAAUUGAAAAAAAAUAAAAUUCCACUAUUCCUUAAAAAGAAAUAAAUAAUUUCGAAAAGAAAAAUUAAUUGAAUAUUUUUCGCAAAGACAAAAAAAAUUCAUUUAACUCGUGCCUAAUUUUAUCGGAUCUAGGAGAAGAGAGCAUUCGUAAAAAAUUGAACAAGCAACGAAAGAAAUAAAAAUAAUUCAAAACGACAAUCCAAAGAAAGAAAAUUUAAAAAUAAAAAUCAUAACCAUCUCGCCGUAAACGAACAAAUGAAUCGCACAAGAACAAAAUAAAAAAGAAAUCAAUUCUCUUUUUUUUAAUAAACGACAAAUAAAAAAAAACACACAAACACACACGAGAAAUAAUUAUUAACAAAAAAAAUGUAUGUAAAUUUAAAGAAAAUAUAAUAUAAAAGUGUUUUAAAAAAACAACGCGGGACAUUCUUCUUCAGGUAUUGCCUGCGAGUGAUAAAAGAAAUUUAUUAGAGUGGAAAAUAGGGAAUUAUUUUUAUACGAUCGUGAUGAUAAUCUGUGAACUUAUACAAAAAAAACAAAGUUGAAAAUAAAAAAAAAGACUCUGGCAAACAGUGGCGGCGACAAGAGUCUGAUAAAAAAAAAUUCAAAAAAAAAACUUUGAAUUAUUCAAAAAUAUUAUCCGGUUUUCAUUCCGGAUCGUUGUUUUGUUUAUAGAAAAAAAAAAUAUAUAUAUAUUAACUGCGAUAAAUGCGAAUUGUAAUUGAAUUUCUCGAAAAAGGUAUAUUUUCAAAAAAAUA